GUUCGGACUGGCAAGGACGUGCGGACUAAGUCGUAUUGCCAGCUUUCAGUAGCAGCGUAGUCGUUUGAUACCAGAAUAGCAGAGUCUCAUGAAUGAUCACCGCUGUGUUUUUUGUCCACCACCAUGGUAGACACACAAAAUCAGUAUUGUCCACUGUCUCCCUUAGAAGACACAAACAUUGGCAGUCCACUUUGUGGGGAAUUCAUCCAGAAUAUUGAAGAUAUCAAUGACAUCUCCCAGUCAAUUGAAGAUGAUAGCUUGUGUACCUUUGAUAUUUCUGGAUACCCGUCUUCUGGAGUUGGAUCAGGAUCUGAAGGAUCAACAGGCCUAGAUAACCUCACACCAGCAUCCAGUCCAUCAUCUAUCUUCUCUGGAUCUGCAGGACAUGAAGUAUCACUAAGUCUUGAAUGCAGAGUUUGUGGAGAUAAAGCAUCUGGCUACCACUAUGGAGUUCAUGCAUGUGAAGGCUGCAAGGGAUUCUUCAGAAGAACAAUACGUCUAAAGUUGGAAUAUGAAAAGUGUGGACACAGGUGCAAAAUUCAGAAGAAAAACCGUAAUAAGUGCCAGUAUUGUCGCUUUCAGAAGUGCCUUUCAGUAGGAAUGUCACACAACGCAAUUCGGUUUGGGCGUAUGCCACAGUCUGAGAAGCUUAAGUUAAAGGCUGAAAUUUUAACCUGUGAGAGAGAAGUAGAAAAUUGUCAGGUGUCUGAUCAGAAAACCCUUGCUAAGCAGAUUUAUGAAGCAUAUCUGAAAAACUUCAAAAUGAACAAAUCUAAAGCACGAACUAUAUUAACUGGCAAAGCAAAUACCCCGCCCUUUGUCAUUCAUGACAUGGAUACAUUGCGCCUUGCUGAGAAGACACUAGUAGCAAAAAUGGUUGCUAAUGGAAUACAGAACAAAGAGGCAGAGGUUCGGAUUUUCCAUUGUUGCCAGUGCACUUCUGUAGAGACCGUUACUGAGCUGACAGAAUUUGCAAAGUCAAUUCCAGGCUUCGGGAAUCUUGAUUUGAACGACCAAGUUACUUUGUUGAAAUAUGGAGUAUAUGAGGCAAUGUUUGCAAUGCUAUCUUCCAGUAUGAACAAGGAUGGCUUGCUUGUUGCAUACGGCAAUGGUUUCAUUACUCGGGAAUUUCUAAAAAGCCUUAGAAAACCCCUCAGUGAAAUGAUGGAACCAAAGUUUGAAUUUGCAAUGAAAUUUAAUGCUCUUUGUCUGGACGACAGUGACCUUUCCCUGUUUGUUGCUGCUAUAAUUUGUUGUGGAGAUCGUCCUGGCCUGGUAAAUGUAGGCCAAAUUGAAGAGAUGCAAGAGAGCAUAGUUCAGGUUUUAAACCUCCAUCUGCAAGCAAAUCAUCCUGAUGCUGCCUAUCUUUUUCCCAAAUUACUCCAAAAACUUGCCGACCUACGGCAGCUUGUUACAGAGCAUGCACAGCUUGUACAGGAAAUCAAGAAAACAGAAGAUACAUCUUUGCACCCAUUGCUGCAGGAGAUUUACCGGGAUAUGUACUAAAGUAUAUUAUAGGAGACGUGUGUUGCUCAUUUUCUAGCAAUUUUACGUGUCCAGAUGUUUUCUUAAAAUCUAGGGCUGCACUGUCAUCUUGUAGAACUGUCAACUGACUAAGACCAAAAAGUAAAACGAAAAGCUUUAUUUAGAUUUAAAUGUUUGUUAUCUAGAAAGAAAAUCUUGAGAUUGGAAGACUCGGUACUCAGUACACUAUUUUAAUGUCAAUUUAAAGUCAUUGGCAAUUGUCUCAUUGUUAAUAAUAGUACUGUACUGAGGUUUUGAAACUUUUUGAAUAUUUGUUUAAAAAACAAUUUAUGAAGAUUUAUGACUGGGCCUUAAAAAUAAUAUAUAUACCUUGUGUGUAUAUUGUUAAAGUUAGCUUAAAGGUUUAUAUUUUUAGAAACUUUGCACAUUAUAAUCUUCUCAGAUAUUUUGGACUGUGCCUUCUCAUUUUGACAGCACUAACAUUUUCUUGGGUUUAUGACAUUUUUAUUGUCUGCUUUUGGAUGUAUGCGGUAUACUGUAUGUGCAAGUGCAUGGUUGUGAAUUUAAUGUCUGCAUCUGUGCCCAUACAGUAUUUUUCAUGCCAUGCGACAGAAAAUAUGUAGAUAUGCGAAUUCAAAAAACAUGUAACCCUUUACUAUACAGGACAAUUUCUGACAAGUACACUGUGAAUCAUGUGUGCCAAAUGGUUAUUUCAUGACUUUGCCCUUUGUUGCAUUAGGAUAUAUUUUUGUACUGAACGUCAAAGUAUAUCUUGCCUUAAGAAUACCUCAAUUUCAUGUUGUCUCUUUAAAAUAUUUUCAUUUUAAAACCAGGUAAGACUUUCCAAAAAAAUUGUAGCAUAUAUUUGAAUUGGUUUAGUAUUUUAGCAUGAGCCUUUUUUGUUUAUGUCUUGGUUUUUCUAUGUUGCGAAAAGCAUUUUGUACAUAUUUUAUAAAGAUCUUUAGGUUCUUUGUAACAAUAUCAAAGAAAAAAUCUAAUCAUACAAUGUCAAAUGUAUUACCAGAGAGGGUUAUUUUGUAUGGAGCAAAAAUAGGGUUUAUUGAAGGAUGGAAUUAAGAGAUUUUUAAUAUGGUUAAAUCAGUAUUAAUUUGGAAAUAUUUUUGUAGUUUAUUAACAUAUUCAAAAUAAUGCUUUCAUCAAUAAUGGUAAAAUAUCUUCAGUGAUAAUAGCUGUGACAGGAGCUUUUCAGUUACCUAUACUUUUUUUUACUGAACAUAUGAUUUCAUUUAAAAGUCUCACUAAUUGAAUUUUGUUGUUUUUUUUGUGUAAUGACCAAAUGUUUUAUAUGCACUGUAACUUUCAAAGUUUGACUUAGGCAUGUUUAUAAGCAUUACUUUUUUCCCAGUACUUUUGAGCUCUCAGGUCUUAGGUAAAGUUUUUACAAACAAAUGGAUUGGUAUUGAAUUUGCAAAAUUCUCUUGUGCAGUAAUAUAUGGUUUUCGUUUAAUCCACUUUCCAAUAAACAUAGAGUUCAAUGAAUGAAGCAAGAAGUACACAUUUGAGUCAAAGCUGCAUUGUAGUAGAUUGUUCUGUCCAAGUUUAAUGUUGCCUUGUUGUACACUGCCUGCCACAGGAAGCUUCAAAAUGCUACAAUACUACAUUCAAAUAAAUGCUUUAAAGAAAAUCAAUAACUAGAUCAAAGUGUCUGAAGAAUAUUAAUGUGUGUUUGUGCACACACAUUUCUGGUUAACAGGAAAGUCUAUAUGUGAGUGGCCUCCUAGUUCCAGAAAUAUUUCUGGCAAUGCAUUUUUGUUAACUGUGCAUUAGUAUUGUUGUAAACAUAAUGCUUAAUAUAUCUUCCAAGUUUAUUUUAUAUUCCCUUAAAGUAUUAGACAGAUAUUUUGUUUAAUUCAUAUGAGACAUGUAUGUGCCAUGAGAAGACACAAGGACCUGACUCUCAUGCGUCUUUGGUGGUUCAGGUAUUACAGUGCUGUGGGGAUCUUCAUCUAUAUCUGUAUGGUUCUCACAUUUAUUUGUUGGCAGGUGGCAAAUACCAGUUCUUAAUGUUAUUCUAGUCUACUGGCAUAUUAUGUAGUGCACACUCACAACCACAUAUCUAUGUACAGUAUCUGUCUGUAUAUCUGUCAUAGAGAUAUAUAGAGAGAAAGGUGAAAUUUACAUUUUUUGGCAAGGUGCAUUUUGCUGAUAAAGUGUUGUAGCUUUCUAGUUUGUAAGCGUUUGCUUAUUUUCUUUAACUCACUCUUUCAUACCUUUUUUUGUUCUUGUUAAUGUGUAAGCUUUCCAGCUUAACAGCUGCUUACAUUUACUUGCAAAACUUUAUCUCAGUACCUGUAGUGAUCUCGUUAUUAUCACAUACAUUGGAAGAAACCAGUUAAUUUCACUGGCCUCUUUUACACUCUUCUCUCAACUCCUGAUUCACAUAAUUCAGAUUUGUAGAUCUCUGAGAAACUGCUGUGCAUACGUCUAUGUAUAUAUAGAGUAUGCCAGAUUUUUAGUAUUAUGAAACCUUUUUAACCAUUUUUGGCUUAAAAUAGCCACAGAGGACAGUCAGUUAUUAGAUUUCAGAGGGGACAAUACACAGACCUGAUUUAAAAAAAAAAACCAAAACGCAUUUUUAAAGGUAGAGAUUGGAGUGGUUUGCAUAAUACAAGUAUAAUAUUGUAUAGAUUACAAUGUUUUAGAACCGUUCUAAUGAAUUAAGCACCAUGUUGAGUAUAUGUUUACAUACAUAUAUACCAUACACGUAAGCACAAAAUGGAUAUCGUACUACACCCUGAGCGUUUCCUGAAUGAAAGGCAUUUCUUUUCCCCUCAGGAAUCUCUUUAUUCUUUUUCAUUUAAACAUUAAAGGUGAAAAAUGUCUGAAAUGAUAUGCUGCGAUUUUAGCCUUUGCAUUAAAUACAUCUACAGGCAAAAUGAAUACAAAUUUUGUGUCUGUAAAAUAUACAAUAUUACUCAGAGAUUCAUGUGUUUAUUUUAAUUAAAUUAUUGAUGUCUGUGAAAGAUGGGUGAUACACUUAGUGCAGUUACUUAUUAGUAAUUUAUAUUUUGAUUAUUGCCUUUUCUUUUUGAGUACUGCUCAAAAAAUCAUUGUAUGUAGUACUUACUGUUGUUUACAAUUUUUUAAGUGAAUCAGCUGUUUAGUAAUUUAUUUGAACUCUAAUUAUAAUGCUUAGUUUUAUUACAGGCUAAAUAUUCCCUUGUAAUAAAAGAUCACUUGAUUUGCAGAUUAAUAAACUGAUUAUAGAUAGAUAGAUAGAUAGAUAGAUAGAUAGAUACUUUAUUAAUCCCAAGGGGAAAUUCACAUAAUAUAUUAUAUUAUAUAAUACAUUAUAUCUGGCUAUACAAGUAUACAGCAUGAAUGAUAAGGUAUGGAAAAAAGUGUUAAACACUAUUAAUAUCAGACAUCUGUUAUAUAGUAUUUAGGCCACACAACUUCCUGAUUUUUAAAGAUAUAAAUGGUUUUUAUACCUGUAGUAUAAAUUUAUAGUGAAAGUAAUUUGACAUUAUUAAGACAAUGCCAUAAGUGCAGUUAAUCUUUCAAUUUUAAGAUAAGAAAUGAGUAAACAGUUGAAGAGAACAAAGUGUUGGUAACGGUUGUUCUUUCUGGCUUUUUUUGUGGCCUGCCAUCUCUCAAAAAAUAAUGCACAGUUGGGAAAUGCUCUCUUCGUAUGCACUGGUCUCUAAAUAACUAUGUAACAUAACAUUCUCAAACCCAUUUGUAGGCCAUUAUUUUAGAAAUAUUCAGUUUGCCAUUGACAAGCUUGUAUUGUUCCGACUUAAAAGGACAGCCUGUGAAAAUUCUAAAUUUAACUUAAACUUGGUAAAACCAGGAAAUGGGUUCUUUGUCUGCCAUAUGACCCCAAGUGCUUUAUGAAAACUGAAAGCUAAGUGAGAGCAGAAGCAUGUUUGAGUUGGUUGUUGUUUACUGAAACUCAGCAUUCUGUAAGAGAAGGUUAAAUGAAAGACUACAAUAAGAGGUUGGUUUCUUAGUUUUUCCUUUCUUUAUUAGCAGGAUUCUAUUGUUAAACUAUAUCUAUUAAAUAUAGCUUUUGCUAGUUUGCUAAUAUUUUAUCUAAUACUGUUUUAAAUCCUGCUGGUUCUUAAUUUGUUUUACUUUCAAAACUGUUUAAGAUUCCUUGAAUGUUUUACUAUAAUUAAUGAAUGUAUCAUUGAAAUUUUUAUAUCAAAUAAGUGCACUGUUUAUAGUAAAACUACCCAAAUCAUUUUCCAAUGUGACAUUGUAAUCCUUCAAAUAACUGACAUGUGUUAAAGAUGCUAUCACGGCACGUAACACAAAGUGUGUUCAUGAAAAUGCACCAUGAGAACUGACAGCGUUGUCUGUAUGCACUGUUCUGUUUGUGAGGCGUCAUUCAGUUCCGCAGGGUAUGUGGCUGAACAGCAAGGAACAACUGAUAGUCUUACAACAGAAGGGGUUUUUUAAUCUAUUGACAGAAUAAGUUCUAGAUUAUGAAUGCUUUUUAUUUAACAUGUUUGAAUGCCAUCUUUAGGUAAAAAAUUGUGCCCAAAUUGUAGAGUAUGUGUUUUAAUACACAUUUAGUCAAGUUGUGUUUUUUUUUUUUUUUUAAAGCCAUGUCUAAAAUUUGAAUUGCCAUUAGUAAAGAACCAUUUAGACAGUGAAAUGUGUUCUAUUUGGUGGAUUCACUGCGAUUUUUACAUGCACCCUAUCUGCAUCUGUGCAUGAAAUGACCAUUUUCUGUGUAUCUCCGAACAUGAGAGGGGCGCUGUAUGCAAUCAUUAUCUAAGGUUUGCUUUUUCCAUCUACUUUUUGAUCAGACUAUAUUUUGAUUAUUGAGAUGUGAUUGAUGUAUUCCUUUAGCAACAUUAGUUUACAGUAUCAAAUGUGAGGUUUGCUCUACACUGGGAGGUAUUUAAUUCUGCUAGCCAAUGUUCAUUAUUUUUGUGGCCAUUGCGUGUAUGGAAAAUAAAGGGAUGUAUGUAUGCAUCAGGGAAUAAUUGAAUUAUAUUUGUUUCUGAUUUUUCGCACAUUUUGUUUUUGAGUGAUUUAACACUUUUUAGGUGUUGUUCAGGUGUCUCUUCAGAUGUAGGGCAUCUAUUUUUUUUUUCUCUUGCACUUUAAAAAAAAAAAAAAGCCAUGAGAUACUGUAAAAAUAACCCCUGGUGUCAAACGGUAUUCUAUUUUUUUCUUUUCUAGUUGGUCUGACAUUAAACUUGUUCUUAUUACCACUUGUAAAUUACUACAUUCUGUAAUUGUGUUUUUGCAGAUCUAUUGAUUGAAUAGGUUUGUGAAUUGAAAAAUGAAUGUAUAUUUACACAGUUUUGACAAUAUGCAAUUAAAUGUGUUUAUAAUAAACUUUUUGUUUUUCUUA